AUGACAUUAUUAAAUAAUAAUAAACCAAUUAAUUAUAUUAUUGGUAGUGGUGCAAGUGAAGAAGGUAGUGUUAGCGACGAUAUUAAAUUAAAACAACAAUAUUCAAAAGCCAACCAAGCCGAAGUAACACAACUCGAACACGACAAUAACAAUAAUAUUAAUAAUAAUAAUAAUAAUAAUAAUAAUAAAAAUAAAGAAGAUUAUAAAGUUAAUAGUAGAAAGAAAGAUGAUAAAAUACAACAAGAACAACAACAACAAGAACAACAACAACAAGAACAACAAGAACAACAAUCAUCUUUUAAAGCAACAUCAGAAAAAGAAUUAUAUAAUACUUCAAAAGAAGAUAAAGCAAAAGAUUUAAAAAAUAGAUAUACUUCAACUAAAAGAACUACCGAAAUUAUCAGUGUUACAUUAUUCUCAAUAUUUCUUGCAAUCUCUGUUUAUCGUAUGUUAACUUUGCUUUUUAUUAAAAAUAUUUGGAUCUUCUUAAGUUCAACUGUAUUAGCUAUGUUCCUUGCCGACUUUUUCUCUGGAAUUGUUCACUGGGCUGCUGAUACUUGGGGAUCAUUAGAUACACCACUUGUUGGUAAUAGUUUUAUUAGAUCAUUUAGAGAACAUCAUGUAGUACCAACUCAAAUGACCCAUCACGAUGUUAUUGAAACCAAUGGUGAUAAUUGUAUGUUGACAGUACCAAUUUUAGCAAUCACAGCACUUGGAAAUAUUACAAUGGAUAGUACCUACAAUAUGUUUUUAAUGAGUUUUUUAGUUAACCUUUGUUUCUGGGUCUCAUUAACCAAUCAAAUUCAUAAAUGGAGCCAUACCUACAAUGUACAUCCAUUCGUUGGCUUCCUUCAAAAGUCUGGUAUCAUCCUUUCAAAGAGAGAUCAUGCAAUCCAUCAUCGUAAUCCAUUCGACAAAUAUUAUUGUAUUACAAAUGGUUGGUUAAAUCCAUGGUUAGCUUCAAUUAAUUUUUGGAAAAGAUUAGAAAAUGUUGUCACAUUAUUAACUGGUGUUUUACCAAGAACUGAUGAUGGUGCUUGGUGUGGUAUUCCUUCAAGUCAAUAA